AUGUCGGACGCCUACGCACGCGAAGAACAAAACAACGACCUCCUCUCAUCUCUAUCCCAGAAGACAGCGGCGCUCAAACACAUCACGCUCGACAUCUACGACAAUGCCCGUUCCCAAGACACGCUCGACCAUACCAACGAAGUGUUCAGCAACAUGGGCACCAAUAUCCGCGGGUCGGCGGGCCGGUUGACGCGCAUGGCGCGACAAGGCGACAAGACUGCGGUGCUGAAGGUGGCAGCCAUACUGGUCGUUGCUGUGCUGCUGAUUUAUUGGAUUGGAGGGUGGAUUCUGGGCUUGAUAUUUGGGCGGUAG